CCCAUGAUGCUUUGUGCACCGUACUCCAGGAAGUGAAUCGGCAGGCUCGAAAGGGACUGAAUUGUUUUUUGUUUUGGGUUUUUACUCGUUAAAAUCAACGAGUCUAUGUGGACAAAAGCAAAAGGUGAUAGCUCGUUCCUUCUGCUGAGGAGAUGUUCGUUUCUACGCACACAGCAUAUCCUGUCCCAAGGCCUGACCUUGCAUGUGUCAAGAUCUGCUCAGGAAAUAAACCAUCCCCGACGGUGAAUCUGCCAGUGUUUUGGAAAAGUACUGACUCUAGUGGGAGGAAGUAAGUGGAAGAAGAGCAGCACCAACUCGCUCCUCAUCGUCUAUUUUCUCUCCUCCAUCUCUAUUUUUUCAAGUGAAGCAAAUGAGCCAACAAUCCAGUUUUCCAGUGACGUUACCCAGGCGGGCAAGGCUGGAGGUACUUCAUUUCACGUCCUGCGCCACUCCUCUAAGCCGGAACCUCAACGCACAGAAGCCGCGGGCACUGCCCCACCGACGCCACUGCCUCUACCCAUGUUGAGAGCCACCAAAAGUGAGAAUGCGACCCACAACGGGACAGGAGUCGAGGCAUUGAAUUACCUGGAUAAGGUUAUACUGUACCGACCGACCACCAGUACAUCUUUGCUGCUGUGUAUCAUCAUACAAGUAAGUAACCAGUGUCCACCAGCAUGGUGACUUUGAGAUGCUAUCUUCUUAUCUGCACCAUGCCCUGAUGUGUUGGUGCAACUUACAGGAGGGUGAAACCUCUAGGGCGAGCCUCGGGGCCUUUUGGAUCAUGUAUGUAUGUGGACCGGGGCCAGAUCCCCGAUGACACCUGUGAGUCUUGGCACAGCUGCUGGCUUACAUUAGCGAUGUACCAAAUAUGGUGGCCAGUGAUUGUACAGGACGCCGGACCCCUGCUGUCACAAACAAGGGGUACCUUCGAUGUAAAGAGGAAAAGAGUGACGAUAACCACAGAUUAGAGUUCAUCCUUCCUUACAUGCUAUGGCUCCAUUACUGCAAAGGGCUCCACGUGCACCAAGCCGAGUGGACAACAUCCUGCCCUCCCUCUGACCUCCCCUUAGGCAGCCUACCCUGGUGUGAAAAGGUACUCAGAGGCUUUGAUCCCAGAGACAGACUGCUUUUGUGGGAGAUGGCCCAAUAGCAGCAGCCCGUGAUGCCGGACCAUGACAGCGACUCCCUCCUGAACAGACAGACCAAGCGAAGACGUGUGGACAUUGGUGUGAAGAGGACCGUGGGCAGCUCAGCCUCUGCCUCAGCGACAGCAACCACUGAUAACAUUGCGCGCGCCAAAGCAGCCAUUUUUAGUGCCAUGAACUCUCUGAGUGCCCACUCUCACCACGGGUCAGACGCCGACUCCAUGGAGUGCUCUGUGGUACAGCCGCACGGGGGGCCUGGCGUUGUAUCGGCCAGUGACAGCGAGUCAAAGUCCAAUGUGUUGCGGAAGCUACUGAAGAGGGCCAACUCGUAUGAGGAUGCCAUGAUGCCCUUCCCUGGCACCACCAUUAUCUCCCAGUUGCUCAAGAAUAACCUAGCUAAAAACGGCGGAGGACCAGAAAGAGGGGACAGAGGUGAGAGAGGUGACCCGGGCUUCCCCGGAUCAGGGCUUUCCACUACCAGCUCGGAUGCACACCAAGAAGACGCCUGCAGCAAUUCCUCUCAAGACAGCACCCCUCAGGAGUGCCUGUCCCCGUUUGGCCGCCCCCCUGGCCUGGGAACCUUCGACAUGGAGCGUCUCAACGAUGAGCACCUGCGCGCCAAACGAGCUCGCGUGGAGAACAUCAUCCGUGGUAUGAGCCACUCCCCGAGUGUUGUGGUACCUGCGUCUUCUCGCCACGAGCGUGACCACGACAUGGACAGGGAUCGGGAAAUGGAUCUGGAGUGCCCACCUCCUCAGUCUCAGCAGCAGGCCCCCGGAAGCCCUCGGGUGGGCGAGGUGUGCAGCAGCAGUAGUCGAGAGAAUAAGCGCAAACAGCGUCUGCCCCAGCAGCAGCAGCAGAGCUUCACCCAGCUGGUGUGUCAAAGGAAAGAGCAGAAGCAGGAGGAACGGAGACAGCUGAAGCUCCAGCUGGAGGACAUGCAAAAACAGCUACGCCAGCUCCAGGAGAAGUUCUUUCAGAUCUAUGAUUCAACCGACGACUCUGAACACAACGAUCUGCACAACGACCUCCACAAUGACAUCGGAAACCUGUCAGAGGACAGCCCGGGGAGGUCCGACAAUGGCGGUGACGACCGAGGUGGAGAUGAUUUGCGCUCCGACAAUGAGAUGUCUGAUUUGGAUCCAGGCCACUUCCUGGAUCGGGCUCGGGCGUUGCUUCAGGAGCCGGCUCUGCUGGGCAACGGGGAGAAGCCAAGGAGAGACGGAAUUGGCCGGAGCAAAGGUCAGGGAGGUCCCGGCGCCUCCAUGCACGCUGAAGGUAAACAACUGGCAGAAACACUGAAGCAGGAACUCAACUCAGCUAUGACACAGGUGGUGGACACUGUAGUGAAGGUGUUUGCCAAGCCCCCACGCCCCACGCCCCAGCAGGCCUUCCCCCCACUCUCCUUACCCCCUGAAAGGUUCUCCGCUGCAGUCAACGGAGACAAUCCCAACUUCCACACCACCAACCAGCGGCUGCAGUGCUUCGGUGAUGUCAUCAUUCCUAAUCCGCUAGACUCCUUCACCGGCAUCCCCGGCAUUCCAGGUGCUGCAAACGACCAAACAGAGGCGCUGCCGUUAGUCGUGAGGAAGACGCCCAGUGAGCACCACCACCAGUCCUCUGCUGUGGGUGCCCACGGUGGUCACCACCACCCAUCUCUUCAUCCCUCUUCGCUCUCUGCCUCGAUGGGCUUCAGCCCCCCAUCCUUCAGACACCCGUUUCCCCUGCCUCUCAUGGGCUAUCCUUUCCAAAGUCCCCUGGGCGCACCUACAGGUGGCUACCCGGGCAAGGAGCAUUCCUCGCCAGACUCCAUGGACUUGUCCCGGGAGACUACCAGCCUGAGGACCAAGAUGGCAUCCGGGCACCACCUGGGUCACCACCAUCGUUCUUGUUCACCAGCGCACCCUGGCAGCACAGCAGAGGGACUCUCCCUGUCACUUAUAAAGUCCGAGUGCAGCGACCUUCAAGACAUGGCUGACAUCUCGCCUUACUCAGGCAGCAACAUACAGGAAGGUCUCUCCCCAAAUCAUCUGAAGAAGGCCAAGCUGAUGUUCUUCUACACCCGCUACCCGAGUUCCAACAUGCUUAAGAUGUUUUUCUCCGAUGUCAAGUUUAACCGCUGCAUCACCUCCCAGCUCAUCAAGUGGUUCAGCAACUUCCGGGAGUUUUACUACAUCCAGAUGGAGAAGUUCGCCCGACAGGCCAUCAACGACGGCGUGGCGGGCGUGGAGGAGCUGAGCGUGAGCCGUGACUGCGAGCUCUUCCGAGCCCUCAACAUGCAUUACAAUAAGGCCAACGACUUUGAGGUCCCCAAUCGCUUCUUGGAGGUGGCGGAGAUCACGCUGAGAGAGUUCUUCAAUGCCAUCGUGGCGGGCAAAGAUGUGGACCCUUCCUGGAAGAAGGCCAUCUACAAGGUGAUCUGCAAGCUGGACAGCGAGGUCCCUGAGAUCUUCAAGUCCCCUAAUUGUCUCCAAGAGCUUCUACACGAGUAAACCCCGUUUGCGCUCGCUUCACAACGCUUUGCGCUUUUAUUAUUUUUUUCACAGAGCAUUAUUCUUCUCUUGAUCGACUUUCCCCACUAUCUUGUUUUUUUUUUAUUUCUUUUGGAAGGUAUGAAAGUUAUGAAGUAGCAUUCCCGAUUUGAAGCCUUGACGUCCGUUCCUCCAUGACGUAGUUCUUGUGUUGCUUUUCUUCUAGAAGAAUUUUAUUAUUAUGACAUGGGGUAUGUUUUUGCGCCUGAUGAACUGAGAUUUUUUUUUUUUGGGGGGAGGGGCUGCUGUAGGAUCAACACUGACUCCUGAAUGGCAUUGAUGCGGUCCAUCCAAUGAACUGCGCCCCUUAGACCGUUGUCCCCAAACUGGACUAGCGAGAGCGGACUGUAGUCUAAAGUGGGUCUUGGACUGGUUUCAAAUAGCUACUGAGCUCUACCCUGUUUUGAAGUGUUUAUUGGGUGUAUAUUUUGAUUUGCUGAUGAAUAUUUCCGUUGUUUAUGAUGACUUUAUGAUUUGUCACCACCACUUUGCUGAAGGUUGGCACUUGAAGAUUUCUUUGUCCCCCUCUAAUGAAUGCCUUUGCAGACAAAAAUAAAUUAUUCCUAUUAAGAGUAUUCAAAGUUUAGAUUCAGGAUUUGUUGAUUCUUUGAUAUUUCUUUUUCUUCCAUGGCAAUUUCUGUGUAGAGUUUCCUGCGGUGUGCCAGCGAGACAAUGAUGGUGGAAGUAAGAGUUUCAAAGAGCAGACAUGUGCAAAGGAAGCGUGGCCUUUUGUUUGCCGCUCGUCUCGUUGACGGCUGCGUUUCCUUGGCCGUUUUCAAUUUUGCCACAAAAGUCUGGGGGUGGGGGGGGGAGGGGGAUGGAUGUAAUUGUUGGUUACUGUACGCACACGCGAUGAAGGGUCUUUUAUAUAAUAGCACUAUUUUCCAGCCAGCGGUCAGGAUGUUGGUGUGAAUGACAGUUGAUACUUGAAUAUAUCAGAAUACUGAAGUACAAUUGAAGAGAAGGAGGGGGAAGAAAGACCCCCCCCUUUUUUUUUUUUUUUUUACUUUUU